UUCACGUGAAUCGCGUCCCUGUUUAAAGGGACACGCUGCUGUUGGCCAUCAUCCCAGCCGGAAAUGAUGUACGUGAUGUUGAUGAAACCUGAAACAUGUAAUCGUGUCAUCCCCGUCGCAAUAGAUGCUUACGACGUGACAGUUUUUGUUAUUGGCAUAUUUUUUAGAAGAAUAUUCUCUGACCGAAAAUGAAUCCUUCCAGAAGAAGCGAAAGUGACUGGCAGGGACUAGUGAAUGAGUUCCUGGUAUGCAAGAGAAAGCUGGAGAGUAAGAAGGAGGCACUGCUGAUCUUAUCAAAAGAACUGGACACCUGCCAGCAGGAAAGGGAUCAGUUCAAACUGAUGGCAAACCAGCUCCGUGAGCGCCACCAAGGGCUGAAGAAAAAGUACAGAGAGCUCAUAGAUGGUGACCCCUCUCUGCCUCCUGAGAAAAGAAACCAAUCGAAUGUGUUGUUCGACCUGUGUUUGGCAAAGGUCAAUCUUGCACAGUUACUCAGAGACUCACGAGAACAGAACAAACAGCUGGGUGAGGAGGUGAAAGAACUGAACCAACGCUUAGCAGAAGUGCAGGGUGAUAACAAGCUGCUGAGGAUGACCAUCGCAAAGCAGCGUCUAGGGGACGAAGAGGUGGGGACUCGUCAUUUUCCAGCCCACGAGAGAGAAGAUCUUGUUCAGCAGUUAGAGAAAGCUCGAGAACAGAAUGAAGCACUGGAACAAAGCUUAAAGGCUGCCACAGAUGAACUUCAGGAUGUGAGAGCAGAGCGUAAAGUCUACCAGGAGAAAGCUCACAGACUAAAUCUGGAAAUUAACCAUAUCUUGGGUAGCCAUGAGAACCGCAUUCUGGACAUAGAUGCUCUGUGUAUGGAGAACAGAUAUCUGCAUGAACGGCUUAUGCAGCUUCAGGAGGAGGUCAGCCUACUCAAAGCAAAUGUCAUGAAGUACAAGAGUGCUUUGGAAAGCAAGAAGAACUGCAAAGUCUAUGGAAAGUCCAACAGCAGCGCUCUGACAGGUGUCCUCUCUGCUAAACAAGUACAAGAGCUGUUGCUGUCUGAGGAGAAUGGCUGCAGUCUCCCAGUCACUCCACAGUCCAUUAGUGACCUGAAGUCCCUGGCCACUGCUCUGCUGGAGACCAUCCAUGAGAAGAACAUGGUCAUUCAGCAUCAACGGCAAACCAACAAGAUCCUGGGUAACCGGGUUGCAGAACUGGAAAGGAAGUUGAAAACAUUAGAGGUGUCUGGGUUGUGGAGUCUGCCAGGCAUCACCUACAAUGUGUCUCUUGGACUAGGGAGAAGGAAAGCUGUUAUUGUCCUGAGUGACUCUCAGCAUGUCCAGUCCACCACAGAACAGUCUGUACAUCUAACACCAGAGUCAAUGGGAGAUGAAGAGAUUGUUACUGGAGAAGAGGUCACAGAGGACACAGGACUCAGUACAGACUUCAGCCAAGAUGACUGUCAAGCCGUGGCAGUCGAGCUGAACCAAAAAGGUGAUUAUUUUACCUGCCCAUAUUCAGUCUCACAAACUCCACAAUUCAGUAAACCAGCAGAAAGUGUCCAGCCUGUGAGGAGCACGCAGUGUAAAACCCUUGCUUGUUGUGACUCUGAUAAGCCCACGUGUCCUUCUGAGAGGGAAUCGGAACAACAUAAUGAAGAGCUCACAAGCCGUGUACAUCAGUCUAUGAACACAGAAGUGUCUUUGAAAGGUUCAGAAGAAGAGGCUGUGAAGAAUGAUUCUCCUGUUGUUCUUUCUGAGGAGGACUUUGAUAUUCAGGGUGUGUUAGAGGACAGUCAGCCUGUGGCUUCAGAGACCUUUGGCAGUUUGGACUGUAUUUCUGAAUCUGAGCCUUGUACACCAGAACAGCAAACAGAGGAAUCGGUCGAAGAAACAGUGCAUGCUUCCCUAAACACAAGUUCUCCUGCUCAAACGUCAUCACAGCAGGAAUGAAUGUUAUUCUUCGUGAUAGUAAGAAAUAUUAGAGAAAUGCAUAAAAACAAUCUCCAUUCAUUUAAGCCCCACUUAAAAUAAGUGUUCUGAUUCUGAACUGUAUACAAUGAAAAAGACUGUGGCAAAAGAAUAAAAAGAAGAACAUUUGAAUGUCUAAAUUAAACAUAUUCAUUAUUCCAAUUAAGCUAAAAGCAAUAUGAAAAAGUUCACCAUGAGGACGGCUGGUAUAACCAGCCGGCUGAAUAUUAAAAUCAACAAUGUGAUAAUCCCUUUCUGGAGGUUUUCAGUUAUCAUCAAGAAUCUCAAAUGAAAUCUUAGAUCUGAUGCCACUAUGAUGACACUACCAGCAAGUUUAUUUUCUUUUUCUAGAGGUUAUAUGUGAAAUCAGACACUUAUUCAUGUAUUUUGACUUAUUUUAUCUUCGUAAUUGCUUCAUAGCUUUUUGUGGGUAAAAUGUGACAAUUUCAGUUUUAUUUUCAUUUUUAAUAUUCCGUUUAACCUUCUUGUGAUUUCUCAUUAUGAGUAAAACAUGCAAUAAGGUAAAGGUUAUUUUUACUUGGAUUUUUUUUUUCUUAAUACACUGGAUGUCACUUCAGCCAUUACGAUUUGUUCCUUACAGAGUAAGUAUAUUUAAUUUCAUAUUUGUCUUAUUUAUUAUAAUUGCUCUUAAUUAUUGUAAUAGUGUUUGAUCUGUAAAGGUUGGUGUAAAAUCAUUCUCUGUAGAUCACCUAAUAUUACACUGUAAUAUAGUGUACAAUUAAAAUGGAAACAAUCAUCAGCUUGAAAGCUUAAGUUAAUUAUGCACAAAAGCACUGCAUUUCAACACACUAGCUAUUGUGUGCUGCUAUAUUAUAGGCUUAUUACCAGGCUACAUCAGUUUACAUGGUUUGUGUUGAUUUUACCUGUUGGGUGCGCUAGAAAAUAAUUUAGUGACUGAAGGAUUAUCACGUUUUAUCUGUUUACUCGAUGUCCUCAUGUCAGUGUUUUAUUGAAAUAAAAUCUAUGUAAUGUGCGCUUA